UUUAUAACACCAAGAACUUUUUGCAGGGAAGCUCGUCCUUCGUUUUUAAACAAUUCCAUGCCAACGUUCAUUAUCUGAUCUAGCGAGUAAUUCAGUUCCCCGCCCGACUAUUUAAAUCGUCGAGGCGCGAGAAGCUCUGUUGGUACAUUCGACAGCGCUAGAACAUACGAGGCUUACGAGGCGAAUUCAACGCUAUCUAGUGGCAGCACAAUAAUAGACAGGCGGUCAGCAAACGAGAGAAUAAAAGCAAAAAAAACACAAAAAAAAGAUAUCGUGUAAACUUUGUGACAGGACGAGAGGAGCAAGAGGUGGAGUUGAUACUCGGAGAUACGCGCCGGGAUUGAGCCAGGGUACUCAAGCGAUGUGCUGAAUCGCUUCUUUCACGACGGAUUUCCGUCUUCGUGGACUUGAGGUCGGCGAGACGUCCGGAGCGAUCGACUGACAGUAGUGACAGUGAACAUAAUUGCACCAUAAUGAUAACCAGAUAAAUGUCGCCUAAGGAAGAGGCAAAAAUCAGCAACAUGACUGAAGGUGCAGAAACUCAACCAAACGCGGGAAAUGAGCCCCAGGCAGAAGCCUUAGAACCAAGGGCAACACAUAGCGAAGGAUUACACGAGGGAGCAGCGGAAUCAACAUCGCAAGCUGCUCUUGAACCUAUGCAAGAGCUUCUUACAGUUCAUGGAGCUACGCAGGGAGAGAGUAGCGAUGCUGUCAGUAUUUAUACUGCCAGCACUUCCGUGUCUGGUAAUGAAUCAAGUUCAAGUAGAGUCAGCGCGAUAACUGUGGUGUUACCUUGGGGUGCUCAAAAAGAGACAGUGAAGCCACAACAAAUAGGAGAUAUGGAUUUAAGACCGGGAGAGUACGUGAUGCGUAUUCUAUUCGCAGAAUUCACUUUGCAGGCGGAGAAAAAGAUGGAGGCUGUUAUGACGGAACAUGAGAAACAGUUAUCGAAAGUUUUACAAAGAGGAGAAGAUCCACAAUUUGAUCAACUAUUAUCGGCUUUUGGUUCUGUCGCUGAACAUUGUUUACCAUCAAUAUUGAAAGCUCUCUUUAAUUGGUAUGAACGUCAGCUUAUUGACCAAGGUGGUGAUCAGAAAAAACCUGCUCCUGGGAAGGAAGACCAAAAAGGAAAAAGUAUUAUGUAUACAAUAGUAUCAGGAAGUGUAGAAACAGUGGAAAGAAGCGAGGCAGAUCUCUUGCAAGAGCGUAGAGAUCUUGCUGUCGAAUUUAUAUUUUGUUUAAUGCUGAUCGAGGUUUUACGUCAAUUACCAUUUCAUCCUGGACAUGAGGAUUUAGUAACAUACAUAGAAAAUAUUGCUUUUAAACAUUUUAAAUAUAGAGAAGGCAUACAAAACGAGCCAAAUGCAGCUAACAUUCACAUUAUUGCUGAUCUUUAUGCUGAAGUAAUAGGAGUUUUAGCACAAUCCAGGUUUAUGUCAGUGAGAAAACGUUUUAUGGUAGAAUUAAAAGAAUUGCGAGCUAAAGAGCCAGGUCCUCAUACUACACAGAGUAUUAUUUCCUUAUUAAUGGGAAUGAAAUUUUUCCGAGUUAAAAUGGUACCAAUAGAAGAAUUUGAGGCAUCGUUUCAAUUUAUGCAGGAGUGCGCGCAGUAUUUCUUGGAAGUAAAAGAUAAAGAUGUUAAACACGCUUUAGCUGGUCUUUUUGUUGAAAUACUCGUCCCUGUUGCUGCUGCUGUAAAAAACGAAGUGAACGUACCGUGUCUGAAAAAUUUUGUGGAAAUGCUGUACUCAACGACAUUAGACAUGUGUACAAAGUCUAAGCAUAGACUGGCGCUUUUUCCAUUAGUAACCUGCUUGCUUUGCGUUAGCCAGAAAACAUUCUUUUUACAAAACUGGCAUUACUUUUUAGCUAUGUGUCUAUCUCACUUGAAGAAUCGUGAUCCAAAGAUGUGUCGAGUUGCGUUAGAGGCCUUAUAUCGUUUACUCUGGGUUUAUAUGAUACGAAUCAAGUGUGAGAGCAAUUCGGCUACGCAAAGCAGACUUCAAAGCAUAGUGAAUUCUUUAUUUCCUAAGGGAUCGAAGGCGGUAGUGCCGCGAGACACUCCGCUGAAUAUUUUUGUAAAGAUUAUUCAAUUUAUUGCGCAAGAGAGACUGGACUUUGCAAUGCGUGAGAUAGUAUUCGACUUACUGUCUGUCGGUCGACCGGUAAAGAUAAUUUUAACUCCUGAACGUAUGAGUAUCGGCCUCCGAGCAUUUCUCGUUGUAGCUGACAGCUUACAGCAGAAAGAGGGGGAACCACCUAUGCCGCGCACUAUGGGUGUUUUGCCAAGUGGAAACACAAUGCGUGUCAAAAAGACAUAUUUGAACAAAAUGUUGACAGAGGAUACUGCACGAAGCAUAGGAAUGUCCUCGUAUUUUCCGCACGUACGCCGAGUGUUUGUAGAUAUCUUGCGCGCAUUAGAUGUUCAUUAUGGCAGACCUCUCAUGAUGACCAGUACUCAAAACAUGAACAAGGAGCCGGAUGAGAUGAUCACCGGAGAACGUAAACCUCGAAUAGACCUCUUCCGAACUUGCGUUGCCGCCGUUCCGCGACUAAUUCCUGAUGGAAUGACCGGUGCGGAGUUGGUCGAUUUACUGGCACGUUUGACAGUACACAUGGAUGAGGAACUCCGUGCAUUGGCAUAUCAAAGCUUACAGACUCUAGUAUUAGAUUUUCCCGAUUGGCGACAGGACGUCGUACUUGGGUUCACGCAGUUUCUAGCCAGGGAUGUGCAAGAUACGUUUCCGCAGCUAAUUGAUAACGGUUUGAGAAUGUUGCUGCAAUUGCUGACCAGUUGGAAGAAUGCCCUCACGAGUCCUAGUAUAAGAGCUAAGGAGCAAUCAGUGGAUACUACACGGGUGAAUAUACGAGUGGAUGUUAGCAUCAAGAAAUGCGAAACAGGCCAGAAAAUAGAACCUGUGUCGAACAUAUUCUAUCUGGUGGAAGGAUUUGCUUUGGUUAUGCUCUGCAAUUGUCGCCUUUAUCCUCGACGAUUGGCUGUUCAUAUACUUCGGGAGAUUAAGCUUUUACUGAAGACUUUAGGAGGACCUGAAGAUGAUCAACCAGUCAUUGAUGUAAUUGAUGCUUGCUGUCCGGCUGUCUUGGAAAAAUGUUACCCUAUAUUACCUCCAGCUGAGAAAGCAGCCGCUGCGUCUACUUCUAACGUGGAUUUGCAAUGGAUAGCUGAUAGAAGUAGUUGUGUUUGGACAGCUGGAUUUCACGAUGAAAACAGUACUAAGAGUUCUUCCUCGCUUAAUCUAAAUGGAGCCGAUCCGUGGGCCAGUUGUCUAUUUGCUUUUCUGGAAAAGGACAGAGUACUUACACUAUGUCCAAAUGCCGUCGCUCAUUCUUGGCCUAUUGUUUUCACUCGCAUAAACUCUUUGUUUUCAGUUGUGGAUCCCACGCCAGUAAAUGAUAAUCGAGCUUCAUUAUUGCGAAGUUCGACGACAGUGAGAAAACCAGUAAAUGAGAGGGAUGUCUAUAUGCAUAUUUGGAAAAAUUACCUGACCUUUGGAUAUAGAGUCGUGCCACCAGUACCGAAUCCAGUUGUUCGAUGCGCCAGUCCAGAUCUCAGUCUCAGUGGUCAGCAUACGGUGGAGUUUGGUGUGUUGUGCAUGAGUAAGGAGUUGAGUCAGAGCCUGGAGAAUCUCGGCGGGGCGCAGACCCUGCCGGGUCGGUUCUCCGUUCCAUCCAUUUCCGGCAUCUACACCCGACACAAGCGUACCAGCUCCUCGCCCGAUAGUCUAUCCGCGGAACGCGGCGACAACAAAUCACCGGGCACAAAUGCAAGUCCAGCGGCUUUAUAUAAGCUGACUGUGCCUUUACUAAGAUGCGAAGCCGUCGAUGUCAGGGAUGCCGCGGUGCAGGCGAUUGGGAAAGUAAACGCCGAUGCUCUAAAAGACUUGAUGGAGGAACUGGUACCUUACAUCCGGGAAGCGGUUGAUCGGAAACAGGAGAAUAUGAGACGGCGAAGAAGACGCGAUGCUUUGAGAUUGCAGCUAGUAAGAGUACUGGAAUUAAUCGCAGAGUAUGGAACAUUCGGUAUCUGUCCAGCGGUAUUAGAUCGCGAGACACAAUCUUUACAUCCGACAUUUGUCGAGUACAUAGACGGUGCGCGCAUUUAUCUAGAAAACGAGACCGACAAGGAAGCGCCCGCUGUACGAGACAUCAAGUUACACUUUUGCAACUUUAUCAGAAAAAUGAUCAAGAGUUUUUCAUUGGAGACAUGCUAUACUUUAUUAAAGAGGGAUUUAAGAAGAAAUUUAUUCAUGCUUUUCGCUAGUUGGGCUGGUGUUUAUGGCAGGCCGCUUACGAGCACGUCAUCUCUACAAGAGGAGGAAAAGUCUUGCACGGAAUUGCAACUCUCAGCCUUGCAAGCUAUGAGUGGAUUGCUUUGUUGUGGAUCAUGCUUUAAUCCGCAGUCGCUUUCAGAAGAGGGUGCGAUUUUGUAUCAAUGGCUAGAUUUGUUACUGGCCAGUAAAGACGAAAAGAUUUAUACACUUGCACGCGAAACCGUCGUGUUACUGCUCGAAGGAAAUCCCGAUAUUGGUACGCUUUUGGACUGGGUGGUUGAUCGAUGUUAUACUGGUGCACCGCAAGUGGCCGACGGCUGUUUUCUCGCAUUGGCGACGAUUUUCAGCGCCAGGGAGUAUCCUUGCGACCAUUACACGAGCGUCAUCAAUGUAACGUUAAUGAAUACGGGAUGUCCUCGCGCACCAGUCCACGAUGCAGCGCUUCAACUUCUUCAACUGUUGGAUCAACGCUUCUUCGGAAACGUAGGUCCGCUUCCAGCUACGGAACUCGAAGCUGGACAUAAUGAUCCUCUUGCAAGUGGCUCUGCCGCCACUGUAACUUCCGGACCGGGUCAACAAAGUAAUCCCGCAGGUGAGAUUUCUUCCGGUGGCACGGUUAGAGGUGGCACACUGGACGUCCUCCUGUCAACUACUUAUUGCCGUAGCCAAAUGUACCUUUCACGUCAACUGGCUCAACUACAUCCGGAACUCACGAUGCCGAUGUUUAGUGAAAUUACACAUCGGUUUCAAACAGCUCGAAGAGAAGUCCGGCAAUUGUUACUGCAAUAUUUGUUGCCCUGGUUGCAUAAUAUGGAACUUGUUGAUCCUAAUGUACCGCCGCCAUCUAAUCCGUUGAGUUAUUAUCAGUAUUACACGAGCGAUGUAACACGUGGAGGAACGCGCAGAGAAGGCUGGGGCAGUGCAGAAGCGACGGAGAUGGUGCUCAACAAUCUCUUCUAUAUCACAGCGAAGUUCUCGGACGAACAUCCUAAAGAGACAGAAGAGCUUUGGGCGACUUUGUGUGGUUGUUGGCCAAACAAUCUUAAAGUCAUAAUCCGUUAUUUAAUUAUCGUCUCGGGAAUGGCACCUCAGGAGCUACUACCAUACGCAAAGCGUGUGGUAUUGUAUCUGGCACGAGCCCGUCCGGAUCGUCUUGUCGACGAAAUGAUGACAGAGUUGGAAACAGUCGAAACUCUGAAUUGUUUGAUCGAGCGGACUGAAACGCCGCCCUUUUACCGGCUUACUAGCAUGAGAAAAACCUCGUCACACAGCGACGCGCCCGCUGCCGAUCCUGCCAAUCCUCCCCGUGAUCUCGGUGUCGAAAAGGGUACCAUCCAUACGAAAAGGCACUCCGGAGAAGAUCCCGUCAAAACCGGCUCAAAAUCCGAUACCGCGCUUAGAGCACUUGCAGGAUUUCAAACUCCAAGGGCAGAAAAGACAAGGACUGCGAGCGGUCCACCAGUUCUUCCAGAUGAUCUAUCAACUCCGACGACGGAAGCCGAGUUAACUACCGACGAGUCUUGUUACGCCGCUCGUAAUGGACCAGUCGGGGUGAAUGGAAAGAUGCCGUGCGUCGACGAGAAAUUCGAUAUUCCUCAACCGCAUCCCUUGCCAAUGCCAGAAUACGGCGGAUAUUUCGCUCCUCUAACUGAAUACUUGCCCGACAGCUCUCAGCCGAUAAGCGGAUUUCACAGGUGUAACAUUGCUGUGAUGUUGAUCACCGACGUGGUCAUCGACGGAAUCCAGCUCGAUUGGGCCAUACAUGUUCCCUUGAUGCUGCACAUAGUUUUUCUCGGUCUGGACCAUUCCAGACCGUUGGUGCGGGAUCAUUGUCGUUGUUUGCUGCUGAACUUGCUGGUCGUACUUGGCGACCAUCGUGAUCAUCUCGGCGUGGCGCGCGUGUUGCUCGCCUCGAAGACGGAGCAAUUGGGAUUGGGAUUGUCCACUCCGACUUUACCAGUGUUGGAACACAAUUUUACGGAGAUGGAUCCAGAAUUUGAUAGUUAUCUGUACGGUCCUCCCACAGUUCCACCUCCCACGACACCACCACCGUCAUCUUCACCACCUCCACCCUCUUCACCGCCGCCUCCUCCACCUCCUCCACCACCGCCUCCGCCACCACCCAUGCCUCCCGAUUCUUCAGCAUCUCCGCCAGCACCUCCGCCACCUCCACCACCGCCUCCUCCUCCACCAUUGCCGUCUUCCUCGGUUAUGGAUGGUACACCCACUCAUUCGUCUUUGUCGAAUUCGACGUCAACUCCUCCGAUGUCGAUGAAUCACUCGAAUCAAUCGACAACGGAUGACAGUAAAGAUUAUGGGAAUUCUCACUACGAACCAGCGGUAUGCAAUAGCUGGCCGACCGCGAGCGGAACGGCGACGAAUGCAGUGCCGCCUGUUAUUGUAACGCCAGAGGACACACAUAAUUGGACCGGUCCUCAGCCGGGCCCCAAUAUGCCAAUACAAGAUGUCAUUAAGUCCUUAAUCAAUUUCUUAGCGUCUAGGACAAAUCAACCGCUCUGGAAUUAUGAGGAUAUGACUGCCAAAGUAUGGUGGGUGCGUAGCGCCGAGCAACUCACGAUAUUAUUGCGGCACGUGUUACGUGUCUUCAGAGACUCCUUGCCUCAUGCGUUAGUUAGCCAGAGAUGGGCGCAAACAGCAUUGCAGUUAGGACUCUCUUGCUCAUCCAGACACUAUGCAGGAAGAUCUUUGCAAGUUUUUCGAGCGUUGCGUGUUCCCAUAACGUCUAGAAUGCUGUCUGAUAUCUUAUCUAGAUUGGUGGAAACAGUUGCUGAGCAAGGCGAAGACAUGCAGGGAUAUGUAACAGAGUUGUUGCUAACAUUGGAAGCAGCUGUUGAUUCGCUCGAAUCAGACUUUAGGCCUCUUGAUUUCAUGAAGGAAAUCUUCAAAUCGACGCCUAAUUUGAAUAACAAAGAUCCUGUAUCGGGAAAUGUAAUCGGAGGGAAGCGUAGUCCAGGUGGAAAUGGAUAUCCAGCUGGACCGCACAUAUUUUCUCACUUAAAUCAAGGCGGGCAUACUAGGAGCACUAGUUACUCGGUUAGCUACUGCAUGAAGAGGUCCAGCGGUGGAAAUUCCGCAACCAGCGAUAUGAAAGAACUGGAGAACAGAACUGGCGGCAAGUAUCCUAACUCAAACUUGUCGAGAUCAAGGUCAGCACAAUCCUUGAAAUUAUUAGGUGAUUCCGCCACGCAGGAUGACAAAAUGACAAUACUAGCGCAAUUGUUCUGGCUGUCAGUAUCCUUGCUUGAAUCAGAUUAUGAACACGAGUUCCUCUUAGCAUUGCGGCUACUUAGUCGCGUGCUGCACAGGCUACCACUCGAUCGACCAGAUGCCCGGGACAAAGUUGAGAAACUGCAACAGCAACUGCGAUGGACUUCGUUUCCUGGUGUACACGCGCUGUUAUUGAAAGGAUGCACCAGUCCAAAUACAUACGAACCAGUCGUUACACUGUUGUCUCAAUUCACGCCUCUAUUAGAUCUGCCAGUCGUCGAUCCGACGCAAAGCCUCGCAUUCCCAAUGAAUGUUGUAUCAUUGUUGCCUUACAUGUUAUUAAAUUACGAAGACGCUAACGAACUGUGCAUCAGAAGCGCCGAAAAUAUUGCGCAAGUAAGCGCGGAAAAAGGAAAAAAAUUAGAGAAUCUUGGUACUGUAAUGACGUUGUACAGCCGACGUACUUUCAGUAAGGAAAGUUUCCAGUGGACUAAAUGUGUAGUGAAAUAUCUUUACGAUUCUUACGCUCAUCUUAGUUUCAACAUGCUUGCUUUUCUUGUGGAAGUACUGGAGAAAGGUCCAAGCAGUGUGGCAUUACCGGUACUUAGUAUUAUACAUUGCAUGUUGCAUUACGUGGAUUUGGCGUCUCCAGCCGCGCAACCGAUCAAUACCGAACUGCUGAGAGUGAUUUCUAAAUACGUUGAGGGCACUCAAUGGAAAGAAGCGUUAAAAAUUUUGAAGCUUGUAGUGACAAGAUCAUCAACACUCGUAGCGCCGCCGACUUCGAUGCACGGUUCAUCUUGGGAUUCUUCGCUAUCAUCACCACAUCCUAGCUUCACCGAUACAGAGAUAUUUACCAAAAAAGAGCUACCGGGAAGAACAAUGGACUUUACGUUUGAUCUGUCUCAAACACCAGUAAUCGGUCGACGUUGGCUGAUACGUCAAGGUACUGAAGAAAAAUUAAUCAGUUCUCCACGUUGUUCGUUAUCUCUAUCGCCGGCUGAAAAUAAUGCCAUUGCCGGUUGGAAGAGACCAUGGAUGUCACAGGGCCGUGUCAGGGAGUGCUUGGUAAAUCUGUUGACGACAUGUGGACAAAGAGUUGGUUUACCAAAGAGUCCAUCGGUCAUAUUCAGUCAAAGUUCGGACUUGAUGGAAAGACAAUCAUCCAUGGCUUCUUCAACAGAGGAGGUUUCUGGUGCGAAUAAUGAUUUGAGUGGAGGAUCCAGACGGGAUGACGAACAGUUUGGUGUAUUUAAGGACUUCGAUUUCCUCGAAUACGAAAGUGAAAGCGUUGAGGGUGAGAGUACCGACAACUUUAACUGGGGAGUUCGACGUCGUCCUCUUAGCGAGGGAGAAGAACGAGAACCUAGUUUGCGACAGUUCGAGGAAAGUUUAAGUGAGAAGACGCCUUCAUCCAGCAAACACACAACGCGGCGCGGUGUCACCGAAGAAUCAUCAGAUGACGAGGCAGGAUCAGAAUCACCCUUGGACGAGGUACCAGGAGGGUCUGGAACAGGACAGGAGGCAAACAGCAUCCCGGGAAUGUUCCCGCCGUCUUCUCUCUCGUUGAUACCUAGUCGCACGCGUCAUGAUUCAUCUACAAGGUCUGACACAUCUGGCUCGAGCGCAGGAGAUCUCGGCGACGUUACGCCUUGCAAUGCGUCACCGAAUUUGUCCGCGUUGAUGCCAUUCCGACAAGUUGUACGAGACGACGCUGAAGAGAUCUGGAGACAGCAAAUUCAAAGUCUCAUCACUCAAGCUCCGUACAAUACUUUAAGCUUUUUCCAGUUGCUGAGCAAGAUCUUGAGGGAUGUGAGCAGUAAGUCUGUCGGUCUUACACGCGAGGCAAGUGCUUUACUUUCUAACGGCAGCUCGGCUUCAGCUCACUUGGGUUGCCAUUUAUCUGGUCAUGCCGAGUUACUUAGUUCUAAAGCUGACCCGCCUCUAGUGUGGUUCUCAGUGACGAUAUUCGCGAAUCAGCGACUAAACGAGACGCUACGCUUUGGAAUGCUGGAAGUUCAAGAACAUUUAGAAACAUUUUUGGAUAGGAAGGAUCAUGCUACGGAAUGCUUAGAGGCAGCUAAAGCAACUGCUAAGCUUCAGGCGUUAGGCGGCAGUCACACCACAGAGGCAGGCGUCGAAGAGAUGUUGUUGGAUCUAGGCAGAGCGCUCUACAAACUACACUUCCAACUACUUCUGCUGAUCGAAGCAUCGAACAAAAUGUUAGGGGCACUAAUGAACGCCGCUAGAAACGUACAGAUUCCUUUGCAAGAUCUAUCGGUCGAGAUCGCUAAUAUGAAAAUAGCAUUAAGCAGAGCGCUCGAAGAAAGCACCGAAAGCGAACGAGGGACACCUACUCCAACACCUAGUCCUAGUCCUCUACCGGGCUCCGGAGCCGUGGAAGAAGUUGCGAGAGUCGCCGAACUUUUGAGAAAUGCACGGUGGUGUCCGGCGCUCGAAGCCGUAAGACUGCACAGAGCACAAUGGCCCGGAGAUGCUUUUCAUGAUGACGAUGAUGUAACGACGGCUGUUAAUAUGUACUGCAAAUACAUAGGUCAAGAUAGAUCAGAUAUAUUUGUCGUGACGAGAAAGGACGACGAGAUGUCAGAAAUAUUUGGCAGACUGAUGGAAAGUCUGUUUGAAGUGCUAGCGGCCGUAACAGGAUUGGAAGCGUCUACGAAAGCCGCGCGCAAUCAACAUGAUUCUAAUCACUCAAAAAACGAAUGUUAACAUAAGUUU